CUCCUGCCCCAGUCUCGUCGUCCCAGACCAGACCAAGACAAGAAAGAUCUCACUUGGGGGCGCGCCACCCGCCAUUCCUCUUUCUCUUCUCCCGCACUCUCUUCUACACACUUACAGACAGCCUCAACUCUGUAUCCUCUCCAGAUCAUGCACAGGUAGCACCACCACCACCACGCGCCGCUUUGUCCGUCGUCCCGCCAUGCUUCUCCUCAGAGCCCUCCUCGCCUGUGCGGGUCUCGUCGCUGCGCUGCCCGCUCCAGACGUUCCCUCGCUCCAGCCACGAGCCGCUCCCACGCCACCCAAGAUCAAGGGCAGCCCCGGCUGUGGCAAGCCGUUGGCUACAAAGCUCGACACGUUCCUCUACAAGAACAUCACCCUCGACGACAAGGUCGCUCCAAACCGCCGCUACGCCUACUGGCUGCCUCCCGGCUACAACCCGGACACGCCCGCCCCCGUCAUCUUUGCUUUCCACGGCGGCUACCAGUCCGCUUUCAAGCAGCACAAUCUCGAUCACUUCACCGAGCCCGACUUCAAUGAUGGCAAGCAUAUCAUCAUCUAUCCCGAGGCCUGGAUCAGCCCUCUCUUUGGGCCCGACGGCCGCAUCUGGCAGAUCUCGCCCGUCAUUGCUGACCUUGGUGUCGAUGACAUCAAGUACACCCUCGCCGUCCUCGACCAGGUCCGUGACGACUUCUGUAUCAACGAUCGCAGAGUCUACUCGGCUGGCAUGAGCCAGGGUGGCGGCUUCACAAACAUGCUCGCCUGCGACCCGGUCGCGUCCACCCGGUUCGCCGCGUUCGCCCCGGUGGCUGGCUCCUACUUCUAUCGCUCUCAUGGCAAGAAUGCCAAACCCAAGUGCUACUUCAAGAAGGAUCCCCUGGUUUGCAAUCCAGGCCGCAAGGGCAUCCCCAUCAUGGCCACACACGGCGGCAACGACAUCACGAUUCCAUACGGUGGUGGAUACCUCGAGAAGCACGAUGCGUGUUUCCCCGACCUGGAUUACUGGCUGGCCCUCUGGGCGCAUCGCAACGGCCUCGACAAUGCAGAUAUUCGCGUUGUCGCGACAAAUUGGGACAACAAGACCGUGCCGGGACGCAAGUUACUUGGGUCUGACGCGCAGCGGCAGGUCUACGGCCUGAACGACGACCCACGCGGACUGGUCACGAUGAUUCACUCAGGGUCCAGGGUUCCCCACAACUGGCCUCGCACAUUCAGGGACGACGAGAUUGGUGGCGGCGAGGCGACAUUCAACGUUAGCUCCAUCAUUUUCGAGUUCUUCUCCAGGUUUGAGCUGCCAAGCGAUGACACUGCAGAAGACGUUCUUGAUGGCGCCCAUGGUGCAGCCUCAGUUGGGGAGCAUGAGGAUAUGGUCGUCAGUACAACGAGCACGCUGCAGCCUGCUGCCACAUCCACUGCGCAAACUCAGCCAACAAUAGAUGCUCAGGCUGACGCGCAUCACGAGCAAGGUGCGAAGCCCGAGAUUGCUCAGCCUCCACCACCACCCACUCAGUCUUGGACCACAGGCAGGGUAUGGCCCACCCUGGUGCAUGUGGUGGUAGAGGCCAUCGGCUCGCUGUUUGGACUGCCGUAGUCCACUUCUUUCUGGUCUUCAUUUUGAAUUUUGUUGUCGUUUGUAUAUUGCUGUACUAUUUGCAUCAUGGAGCGUUGAGCGUUGCGGGUAUUGUUACUUUCGCUGCACAUAUUCUUUUCCCUUAUAUGGCCGAGCAACAAAACGGGGUGACUUUUCUCUAUCAUGAGUUAACUACAUUUUCAUGGGCUAGAUAACGAUGCAGCUCGUCAUCUCAUUGCUGUCAACAAGAAUCAAAGACGAGCUUUACAGCGUGCUUGUGACUGCGCCGCACCACAUUUGACUUCCUCUUUAUCUCUCUUGUACACAUCGCGAACUCGAUGUAUCAUGCAUGGCCCGAAGAGGAUGCGUCGUAUUGCAUGACUCGUGCCAGCGAACCCUGCCCCUGUGCACAGUCUCUCGUGCCGUUUACUCAAGCUAGCGUCGUGGAUCCUGCCCUCCAGGAUUCAGGGAUCGUCGCGAAGGAACACCCAGC